AUGAAUCUUUUUUUUUUUUUUUUAAAAGGAAAUCAUCAGAAAAUCAACUCUAAGGGCCAAAAAAAAAAGGAAAGCAAACGAAUGAGCCGCAGGAAAAAAGAAGAGAAGCAUUUGACGGUAGCCAACAGAGUGCCAAUUGAUGGUACCAAGAUUUUAUUUCUUGACUGCGACGGUGUUGUGUCCCCCUUUGGCGGGAAGAUGUUUGCGCCCAAGCAAAUGUCCCUAUUGCGAACUAUUAUUGCGGAGACAGGGGCCAAAAUAGUCCUGAGCACCUCGUGGCGGAUGUCGGAGUUUGGGCGGGAAGAAGUGGCAAGGCAACUGGCCACGAAUAAUAUGCCGAACUAUAUUUCGUGCACGCCGUAUUUUCAUGACAAGUCUCGGGCGGUGGAAAUAUUAUCGUGGAUUGAGACCAACAAGGAACGGUACAAUAUUGUAAACUUUGUCGCACUUGAUGACAUAAAUUUACCUGCCACGGCGCCCAAUCGAGCUUUUUUUGCUCGUCAUGCUAUUACCACAAAUGCAUUCACUGGUCUCACAGAGGCCGAUGCCAAGGAAGCAAUAAGACUCUUAGAUGAUAGCAAUAACAUUGUAUGA